AGUCUCUGGGAGGGGAUAGUUGUGCGACAUACUACAACAGUCUCGACAUACAGUUUGAGUAUGCACUCGCCGCAUAGACACAUACGAAGACGUCAAUACUACAAGAACCAAAAUGGAUGAGGACCUCCGUCUUCUCGAGCAGGAAUACUGCCCCACGAUAGACCCCACUCUUCUUUACACCAUAUACUCGGAUUUCGCAGGAGAACCGAACGCACUCGAUCUUACUAGACAAUUGCUGGAACCCCUCAAGUUGACAGCCGACGCUGAAGCCCUCGAUUUCGACCCCUCUGGCAGUAGCGGAGGCGCAGUUCAAGGCAGCCCAGAUAAACACAGCACCGAUGUCGACUCCAAUGCCGAAUCGUGGACGACGCAAACGGUAGCGACGGACCAUUCGACGCUUUCGAACGAAUUCUCUACACUCAGUGUCAACGGCCGGUCGGGGGGCUCGGAAGGGUCCAUGGAAGAUGGAUACUACAAGGAUAUCCAGCAGUCGGACAUCUCCACGAAAGAAUUGUUGCUUGCCGAAACCUUCCCAGGUCUGCGACCCGCGCAGGUCACGUACACAUUGAAGAAAUGUGGAUACGAUUACGACAAAGCUACAGACGAGCUGCUGAAUCAAGUCUUCUUCGAUGACAGUAGAAAGAGCCCUACUGAAGAAGGUCCAAUCGCGAAGGGUAUCGAUGCAUUCUCAGAAGAUCAUCACGUACCGCAAAAAGGCAAGAAAGCUAAGAGCAAGAAGAAGCAGAGACUAUCUCUAGAGGCGGGGGCUAGCUACCUCGUCGAAUCGAACGCGCCGUCCAACCGCUGGCAAAACACGAGUCGCGAUGUAGACUUUAUAACGUCGCGAACUGGACUGUCAGCGAAGACGGUAUCAUCGCUUUACCACGCGAACGGAACGUCUCUUUCGGCAACUGUGUUAGCCAUUGUGAAGAAGGACAUCGCGGCACACAAGAAAGAAAGUGAGCCAGACGCCGCACUGGUACAGGAUGCGAUCAUACUGAAUGAGGGCUUCCCAUCUAUGGACCUUGAGCACGCUCUUGCCAUAGUACGACUCACUGCUCCUUCGACGAUAAAAGCUCGGGAAUUAGCGAAUUCCCUUACCCAACAACCUGCGAGCGAGACAGGUGGGAUAGGUGGCAUCAAACUCGACUUACGAUAUGCUCCUGUUGACCUGUCCGACCCCUCGGAAGACACGAGGCUUCCCACGCUGACCCCUUCUGUUCGACCGCGCGACGCAACGUCCACCGCCGCUGCAAGAAAUGACGCAUUUGGGAAAGCAUCUGGCGCCUACCGCAAGGGCAAGUCGACGCCACUAAUGAGACAAGCGGCCGCAUACUACGCACAAGAAGGCCGUGACCUCAAUGCCAAUUUGAAGGCGAUGAAUGCAGCCGAAGCCGACGCAUUCGUUUCUACACAAUCUGGUUCCACAUACCUCGAUCUCCAUGGCGUUACCGUGGCAGAUGCGACGCGGAUCGCCAGGCAACGGACCCAAGCUUGGUGGAACAGUCUGGGUGAGCGCAGAAUACCCGAGUGGAGUGGUGCUGGUCGUAGGGGUGGUGGCGAGGCAUACAGGAUCAUCACCGGUUUGGGCAGACACAGCGAGGGUGGGAGGGGAAAGCUGGGACCUGCAGUCUUGAAGACAUUAGUCAACGAAGGAUGGAAAGUAGAAGCAGAGCCUGGAGAGCUGUAUGUUACAGGGCUGGCAAGAAGGAGAUAGUGAGCUUCGAUAUUGGGCAAGAUCUCUAUGUAUAUCAGGGACGUAUGGCGCGCAAGAUGUUGGAGCAUGUACAGCGACAGUACCCUGCUAGUAGCAAAUCAAAGCGACGAGAUGCGAUUGGAUAUCAUCAAACACGGAUUCAAGACAGCCUCCGCAAGAUCAAGAAACUGCCCUGAGAUUCGCUCCCACUGCUCCUUCCAUCCCUCAAAGCCAAGGCUAGCGGGCACGCUAAGGUUUUAAGCUUCUUCGAACCCCACUCGCCAUCCGUUACCCCCAUCUCAAUCACUUAUCCCUCAAUCCAGG